AGGCUGCUGUCUCUCUCCACCCUACAUUGGACGGUCGUGUACUUUGUGCUGUAACUCCUCUUUUGAAAAGCCUGAAUCGUAUUUCCAUUCAUAAGCCCCCUUACUGGAAAACUCAACUCAACGAGGUUUCGUUUUGACAGCGCGCGUGGAGAUCUCACUUUGUGGGACGUUCAGAGCUCAGAUGGGAAUAAUGUCAGCAACUCUAAGAUGACGACUGGUAACUGCACGCGCAACAAGCUCAACUAGUAUAUAGGCCUACGACACCACAAAUUAAGGAGUUUGUUUAUUUAUGCUCGCGCAGACGAUGUGACUGACUUUUUUGCACGAGCGUCUUGUCUUGGAGAGACAGCCAGUCACAUGCCCGCACCCCGCGUGCCAGACUGCACUCUACCCCGUGAACGGUGCCCUAGGCUCGGGGGUUAGAUGGUGCUGAUUACGGACGACAGGGAUGGAGGAGGCGCCCCGUCGGUCCGGGUCAAACAGCUUCAACAGCAGCAAAAAGUCGCGGGCAACAUCUCCCAAGUCCAUCCGACCAUAGCCGAGGAGCCGCUGUCCAACUCUGACGACGAGGACUACCUGGGUUCAUGCGAAGAGGACGAUGACGACGAUAGAGAUGAGGAGGACGAUGAUGAAUUCGAAGAAGUUGACUUUGAGGACUUGGAAGACUGUCGGAGCAUAGCGUCAGACGACUCCUUUUACCCGCCAGAUGAUGUGUUCGCGGACUCGGAGCGCACCCCGUCUCCGGAAAGCCCGGAGCCGCUAUCAUUUUUCCAGGCGUGCUGCACAAACAACGCGGCUAUCGUCCGGAUAAUGAUACGACAUGGAGUCAAGGAGGAGGAGGUCAAGGAAACGGACAGGAACAACAGGAUAGGACUUUUGAUUGCAUGUUACCAAGGUUACGUGGAUGUUGUCAUAGCGCUGUCUCAGUGUCCGUAUCUGGAUGUCAACUGGCAGGACAGUGAAGGAAACACAGCUCUAAUCACUGCUGCCCAAGCAGGCCACAUAACAAUCACCAACUAUUUGCUGAACUACUACUCUGGGUUGGACAUCGAAAGGAGAAACUGCCAUGGCUUCACCGCUCUGAUGAAAGCUGCCAUGCAGGGCCGGGUGGAAUGUGUGCGCUCGCUCAUGAUGGCAGGGGCUGCCCUGAAUGCGAAAGACUUUGGCCGCAACUUGACUGCCAGGGAGUGGGCUUUAUUUACGGGCCGUUAUGAAACCGCCUGGGUGAUUACACGUCUGAUGGAACGGCCCUGUCCCCGCCAGUACUCUGACACAUACAGUCUAGAAUGGCCCCCACUGGCAUCACUGGUGGCCAAAGCCCAGGAGCCCCGUGGUUGCCUGAAGCGCCUGUCUGAUACAGUACGGAACGUCUUCAACAUUGCAAAUGUCACCAACCCUGAAGAUGAAGGUGUGAUUGACCACAUGGUUUCUAUUACAACAGCCAUGAGGAGCCCUUUGAUUGCAAUAGCAUGCCAUACGGUGUGUCCUGACAGUCCCCCAAGUGUGGGCAAACGGCGCUAUGCAGUUCCUGAGCUCAUCCGCCAGCAGCGCGCCAAGGAGCUCCGCUCCAUCAACCCUGACCGGGUGGACAGCCACCUCAAACUCUUCCAGAACUCCCGGGUCACACUAGUGGCCAAGAGUUCAGUUGACCGUCGGGCCAGCCUCCAGGCCCAGAGCCUGGUGCCUCGACACAGAAGCUCCAGCCUGGGUAUUGUGGCUUACAACGAAGCACUGGAACUGCGAAGAACCAGUCUCCUGCCCAUGCACAUGGUGCUUAGGAGGAGCAGUGUCAGGCCGGGCUUCAGCAUCCCUAAAGUGAGGGUGUCCAAAGCACCCGCACCGACUUAUGAACCAGAAAAGCUCAGGAGGAAGAGUAGCGCCAAAGAUGGAGGUGGGCACCUGCUGCAGAUCCCAAAAUGGCGGUACAAGGAGCUAAAAGAAGAAAGGAGGAAAGCUGAGGAGGCUGAGAGGAGGCGGCUGGAGGCUGUAACCAAGAGACACCUUGCUGCUGGGAAAAGGAAAUAAUAUCAUUGCCUCAAAGGAUGUGAUGUACACUAACCCUAACCUUAGUAGUUCAGGAGUUUUAUGCUGGACAGAUUAGUCUCCAAUGUUUUUCUACAAUCUGUCAAGCUCAGGGUGAGCCUAGAAUUACUAGCAGGGUUCUUAUAAGAGGACAGAAGACUGAAGGCUGUGCUUGUCAGCUCAGUUUUGAAUCCUCAGUUGAAUUCUGUUCAAUGUUAGAAGAAAGGAUGCAGGUUGGCUUUGACAGUAUAUUAGAAGUGUACAAUACUCAGCAUCCUUUGUGAUGUCAAACAGUAAAUUUCCAGGGGAUUUGAUACUUGAAAUGUUUUUAGAUAACUUAUUUUUCAUAUUUAUUGCUUUUUAAUGGAAGGUCGAGACUAUAUUUUGUUACUCUGUGGGCAUUCAAUACAGUAGUGUUUUACACUGUGUUGGAGCAGAAGACACUUAUUAACACACAUUAUUUCAGACUGCAACCACAGCAGAAAUGUGUCCAUCCUUCUACCUAAAAAAUGGUCAUUAAAGAUGUUAUGAAAUAAUGUCUAAAAUUUUCACUGGAAAAUACUAAUGGGCAUGUCAUUUUGGCUGAGAAAGUUAAACAUAAGCUUUUAUAGAAUCUGAUGUCAUUUGACAGCAAUAUUUUUAGAUGAUUUUGGUUUUGCUGUAUGAUGAAACCCAUGAAUGUAUUUUAAUGUAAACUAUACUAUAUUUUAUAGAGAUUUUAAAGCUUUUUGAUGACAAACAUUUUAUUUUUUAUUCAAUAUGGAUUUUUUCACAUACUGAUGUGCAAAGAGUUGUGUUUUCUAGUCUUAAUGUUCCAAACCAAGACUGAAAUGUGGAGCACUAUUUAUUGCAAAACCACAUUAACUCUGGUGAUAGAGUAUCAUGCAAUGAUUACU